GGUAACCAUGAAGUUGUUCCUUGUGCUCGCUGCUGCCCUGCUGGGGUCGGUUUACACCUCCCCGGUGGAUCCACGUACGGUCGAUUGGUCGGUCGUACGUAUGCUCCACCAGACGGAUGCCAUCCGUGCGAAGCAAGGACUCCCACCGCUAACGGACGAUGAGGUACGCUCGUCGCGCAUUUCCGAAGGACAGUUGGCCACUGCCACCCAGUUCCCGUGGGCGGUCGGUGUGCUGAUUUCCGGCUCGUCGGCACACAGCUUCUGCAGUGGUGUGCUGAUUUCGCCUCGCUUCGUCCUUACGGCUGCCGUGUGCAUUUCUGGUUCCAACACGCUUACCGUCCUGCUCGGUGCCUCGGACAUGACGCGUGUGGAGGAGUUUAUCGGUGUGACCAAUAUCCUGUCGCAUCCGAACUAUAGCUCGUUCUUCAAUCGGGACGAUAUUGCGAUCCUGACGCUGUCGGGCACGGCGCCGACCCGCAACACGAUCCGUCCGAUCGAUCUGCCCCGCUGGAGCGAUGUGGGCAAUAGCUUCAACAACUGGGCUGCUACCACUGCCGGUUGGGGUAAUACGGGACGUCGUGAGAAUGAACCGAUUCCGAUCCAGAAUCUGCACUUUGCGAUCGAUUCCGUCAAUUCCAACUUUGUGUGUGGUCUGUCGCACACCUUUAUCCGCGAUACGCACAUCUGUACCUCGACCGACAAUGGUGGACCGUGCAAUGGUGAUGAAGGAGGUCCGGUCACCGUCACCGAGGGAGGACGCACGUUCCUGGUCGGUAUCCACUCGUUCCACUUCUCCGGACUGUUUGGAUGCGAUCGUGGACGGUCGGCAGUGCACACGCGCAUCACGGAGUAUCUGGGCUGGAUCCAGGACAAUACCGACGUUACUAUUCAGUAA